AUGUUUAGACUACCCCAAUUAUCUGCAAGAGUCGUAAGCGGUGUCUCUAAUAGCACUGCAAUGCGUUCUGCUAAUGUCGCCAAGAAAUUCAGUUUUCCAAAGACUUUUUCCACUUCAUCAACUAAUAUGGCGAAGGGUAAAGUUCUACUAGUUCUUUAUGAAGGUGGAAAGCAUGCAAAAGAACAAUCUAAAUUAUUAGGUGCUAUUGAAAAUGAAUUGGGUAUUAGAAAUUUUAUCGAAUCUAAUGGGUACGAACUGGUUAGUACCAUUGACAAGGAUCCUGAACCUACUUCCAGGGUGGACAAAGAAUUGAAAGAUGCAGAAAUUGUGAUUACAACACCAUUUUAUCCUGCAUAUAUCACUAAAUCUAGAAUUGAUCAGGCUCCUAAUUUGAAACUAGCAGUUACUGCUGGUGUGGGUUCUGAUCAUGUGGACUUGGAUGCCGCCAAUAAAAGAAAUAUUACCGUCGUGGAAGUUACAGGAUCUAAUGUCAGUUCUGUUGCUGAGCAUGUUAUGACGACGAUUUUGGUAUUAUUGAGAAACUACAACGGUGGUCACGCUCAAGCAGUCAAUGGUGAAUGGGAUAUCGCAGGUGUUGCCAAGAAUGAAUAUGACUUAGAAGAUAAAGUUAUUUCUACCGUAGGUGCAGGUAGAAUUGGCUACAGAGUCCUGGAGAGAUUGAUUGCGUUCAAUCCAAAGAAACUGUACUACUACGAUUAUCAGGAUUUACCAGCUGAAGCCGUCAAGAGAUUAAACGAUGUGAGUCAAUUGCUUAACGGUAGAGGUGAUAUUGUGCAAAGAGUAGAGAGAUUGGAAGACAUGGUAUCUAAAUCUGAUGUGGUUACUAUUAAUGCACCAUUACACGAAGGUACUAAGGGUCUUUUCAACAAGGAAUUGUUAUCCCAUAUGAAGGAGGGUGCUUACUUGGUUAAUACCGCUAGAGGUGCUAUCUGUAAUGCUCAAGAUGUAGCUGAUGCUGUAAAAUCUGGAAAAUUAGCAGGUUAUGGUGGUGACGUCUGGGAUGUACAACCAGCACCAAAGAACCAUCCAUGGAGAUCCAUGAAUAACAAGGAUCAAAUAGGCAAUGCUAUGACUGUCCAUAUCAGCGGUACUUCUUUGGAUGCUCAACAAAGAUAUGCCGAAGGUGUCAAGAACAUUCUACAGAGUUAUUUUACCAAGAAAUUUGACUACCGUCCUCAAGAUGUCAUUGUAAAAGAUGGUAAAUAUGCCACCAGGGCGUAUGGUCAAAAGAAAUAA